CGGCUUCCAUUCUCCUAGUCCUGCGUCAGGCUCCCCUCCCCCUCCCCUCCGCAGCUACUGCCUGCGCGAGGCGGACGGACAAGGGCACGCGGGGCCUGGCGGCUGAGACUGGGCUGCGGAGCCCGCGGAGGUGGCGGCGGGCGGGCAUCCUGGACCAGCCGACGUCUGGCCAGAGGGCGCCGCUCCUACUCUUUGCCCGGUUGCUCCAGGUUGAACUCAUACCGUGUGCAUGUGGCAAAGGAAAAACUUGACUCAUUAAUACAGACAGCAGUCCUCUUGUCGUCAGCUGCUUCUUCCCUUCUUCACCCAGAGCCUCCAUGACUUGUGGGGCAGAAUUGGAUCUUUUCUCAAAGCUCAGCUCUGCUUGAAAGAUUUCAAGGUGGAUUUGUACCUGGCUGGCAGUUUUUUUUCCCCCAUUUUUCUUUCUAACUUGGACGGAUAAAAGAUGUGCUAUGGCAGGAUAACACCAAAGAACAGCUCAGCCUCACCAUUUGCCUCCUUAGGACAUGGAUUACUUCUUCCAUUCAUGAUUAUUAGCAUUUUCCUUGGAAAUGGAAUUGCUUCAGUGUGUCCUCGACCGCCAGCACCAGCAAAUGGUGGCUUCAUCUGCCACCCAACCCCCUGUAAAGAUCCCUUGACAUCAGGCAGUGUCAUUGAGUACCUGUGUGAUGAAGGCUACAUGCUGAAAGGGGAUUACAAAUAUCUGACAUGUAAAGAUGGAGAAUGGAACCCAGCCAUGGAGGUCAGCUGCCAUCACAGCCAAGACAAAGACCUUCACACAACGAUUGGUGUGCCUACCCUGUCGAUAGUGGCCUCCACAGCAAGCUCGGUAGCACUCAUCCUUCUCCUAGUUGUGCUCUUUGUUUUGCUGCAGCCAAAAUUGAAGUCCUUUCAUCAUAGCAGACGUGACCAGGGGGUAUCUGGCGACCAGGUCUCCAUUAUGGUGGAUGGUGUUCAGGUGGCCUUACCGUCAUAUGAAGAAGCAGUGUACGGCAGUUCUGGGAAUUCUCUGCUGCCUCCUAACACCCGAGUACAAAUUGUAUUGUCUGAAGGGGCUGGACCAAGCAGUGCAAGGGAGGUGCAGCAGCUAGACCAAGGAGGCCAUAUCUGCUCUUCCUCAGGAGGAGAAGAUGAUGCCCCGGGACACUCUGGCUUAGGUGAUACCCGAAGUGCUCAACACUCAGAGACUGUGAUGGUGCACCAGGCCACCACCUCCUCCUGGGUGGCCGGCACAGGAAACAGCCAUUCAGCACACAAAGAUGCUCCAGACUCAGAAAACAGCGACAUACAAAGCCUUUUAUCUCUCACUUCUGAGGAAUAUACAGAUGAUAUCCCAUUGUUGAAAGAAGCAUGAAGUCUGCUGCCGUCUUCAUGUGCCCUCCUUCCCCUUUACAUUAUUCCUUCCUGCCCCUUUCUUGUUUCCCCUUGGGUUUUGAGCACCCUGUGCAGCCUCCAUUCCCUGUCCUAUGCCCUCCUACCCUGGUGAUUAGAACAGUGCCCCAAGGUCUCUCUUGGCCAAACAUCCAAAGGAAACCUUUGCCGGGCAGCCAACAGAAUUGGUCCCGUACUUGGCCUCUCCUGCCUCUCUCUUUCUGGAACUUAUUUGAGUGAGCUGAGACUGGACCCUUCCUUCCUCUCCCUCCCCCUCACCUCCUUGGACCUCUUCAGCCAGCUGUUUAGCAGCGGCCCCCACAGGCCAUAGCACGGCUGUCUUUACUUGUGCCUUCCCUCAGCCCCCAGGCCUGCCUGUUGGCUCAACACUGGCCUGAGUGGCUGCACUGUUGCUGCUGCUAUUGCUGCACAGGAUGCAAAAGGUCUACGGGCAGUGCCCCCUCCAUUACUUUUGGCAGCAGUAAGCCCAAGGUUGAGAGCUUGCUGGUGAGGAAAGGCUUCAGGGUAGGGGCAGUUAUCGUAGGGGGAUUGGAGGUGGAGGAAGAGGGGAAUUAACCCCCAGUGAAUGCCUUACAGUGAGCAGCUGUAUAUUUGGAUGACAUAUCUGUGACUUCUUUAACUAUUUAAUAGAGGGAUUAUUGAGAAUCAUGCCAGUUUUCAGCAGUUCUGUGUUGAUCAAUCCAGGGGCCAAGAAUGCUGGCUCCUCUUUAAUUGAUAUUUUUAGGUGAUAUGUGUGAGGAAUCUCAAAGGGGAGGGAGAGUAUGUGGAGGAGGCAGCUGUUGCCUUUCUAAUAUGCAAGAUCCCACUUACGGGUCCUGGCUUUCUCAGCCAUGACCUUUGUGUCUCCCCCAUUCCCUAGAUUCUAAAGGGAAGCAACAUGUGGCCUCCUGGGUUUGUUUUCCUUUUCCCAGGCCGCUGUGGCAGAGGUGGCUUAUCUGUAGAAAGAGGAAGAGAAGUCAAAAACCAUCUAGUACCCAUCAUCAUUCCCUCCCCUGCACAUGCUGAUUUUCCCAGGCUUGCAACUAGCAUUUUGGGCAAGUUGCAUCUUUCUGGGUGUGUGGUGAUAUUAUGGAGCUGGAGGAGCUGACAUGCCCUCCCCUCUCCCAGACACAGUGCCUUGGGUGUGGCUGCAGGCAGCCCAAACCCUGGGUCCUGAGCAUUCCUGUCAACACAGUCACGUGCCUUAGUAACUGUGCCCAAGAAGCACCCUGCUACUUAGUGCUGCUGCUUUCCCACUUCACCUUUUCCUCUCCCACCGCACCCCCCCUUUCUUCUUUGUCACAGCUGACAGAUGACUUUCUUGUCUUCCUUGGAGCUCAGGGAGAAGGACUAAGAAAGAGCUGAGCUACCACCCUCACACUGGAUACCUGACUGCCUUGGGUGAACAGUUGCUAAGCAUCAAUUAGGUUGAGGGAUAGAGAGGGAAGGGCACCCUAGAAGAGCCAUGUGUGUUUGAGGAGCAGGCAUCCUUCUCUAGAGCCAUUAGUUUCCUAGAGAAACAUACAGAGGCUAGGCAUUUAGGCUUUUUAUGGGGUGCAUGGCAAAGCCUCCCAUAGACUGCUUCCAUGAUGUUGUGCUUAGAGAACAAUUCUCAGUGACACUCUUCAUUUGACCAUUGUGAGAGCUCAGAAGGACAUUGGAUAAAGGGGACCAAGGCUUGGGAAUGUUUUAGAAGCACUGGGGCAGAAGACUUGGAAGAUACCUCUCUUUUAUUCUUCUCCCCCAGCUUCCUGUUCAAGAUGGUAGUAAUAACUUCCAACUAUUAUGUAACCUGCUCAACAAAGCCUUUGGGGACUACCUCCAGCUGUCUUAGAUGAUGGGAGUGACCACGAAGAACAACUAGAAAGAGAAAUUUCUCUCAACCAGCAGUGUGGCUGCUUCCCCCCUUAAACACCCUUACAUAUCUUUACACACUGCACUUUAUUGUGCUGUCAUCCCCUUGUUUUAGCAACAAGAAGCAGUCUCACUUCCUCCUGGAGUAAUAAUAAUAGAUGACAUUUAUGUGGUGCUUCAAGGUUUGCAGAGUGCUUUGUAAGGGAAGUGCCUGUUAUGCUCCAUUACUUACUUUCUCUUCCCUUGCCCUCCACCACCAUACCCACAGCACUCUUACCCAAAGCUGUGGUACUUGCUGGGAAUUUGAGGAGAGGCUCUGUAAGGAGAUUUCCACAGCAGGUCCUGCUGUUUCAUAGAUGGACUUAAGGCCAGGAAAAGGCUUCCCACAGUGAAGCAGAAUGGAUGUCAAAUGAACCCCUGUCUCCACGACCACUUUUAGUAUCUGGAACCACAGGCAGCUUCUGAUGCCCGGCAGGUAGAAGGGGAGGGUCCCACAUGCCCACUGCUGCCUGGCCACAGGUGGAGCGAGCCCAAGCCCUUCCUUUCAGUCUUCCUAAAAUGGUGAAAAACAAAACAGUUGAGGGAGAGAGAAUCCUGACUCCCUACCAAGCCUUCAGCUAGUGCUUUCCAGUGUUUGAAUAUCUGCACGUACCUAUGUCCCAGGAUACCAGAAAGAUAGAAUCUUACCAGGUUUUUUUUGGUUGGAGUAAUCCUGUCAGAAAACAUACUCCAGGACCCUCAGCUUACCACGCAGCAUAUGGACUGUUUGCCCUUUAGAAAGGGAAAAAGAGAAGCUUCCCCAUUUCUGAAGCUCCCUUCCACUAGUCUUGCUUAGACAGAGCAGCCUACCUAGGGGACUGAUGCAUGCCCAGACAUGCUGCCAAAUUAGGAGGGAAAAGGAAAAAGUGAGUAGGAGAAUAAGUCCAUGAGUCCUUUUCCCUACCUGCUUUGGUUACUGGAAUAUGAAAUAAAGACAGGGCUUUUGAGAAACCUGCAUUGGAUUAAAUUAGACUUCUUUCAUUAAACACUCCAUCCUGUACAUGCUGGAGUUGAGGCUACACGUUAGCAGCUAAUAACCAGAACAGCUUCAGAUAGAGUAAUUUCCUCCCUCACUCAGAAAACUUUUUAAUGAAUCCUCAGCAGGAAGACAACCUGCAUUUAGCCCCUCAAUACUGUUUUCAAGGCUCAUGGACUUUACUUUGACAACUGCAAAGGGAUUCAGGGAGUUUAACAGCUGCUUUGAGGUGGGUCGUGGCUCAGAGACAAAGGCAUGCUCUAUUGGAUAGAACAACUAGGCUGAUUGUUGGUGGUUCCUAGAAAAAAAGUACCCAGGGGGGCUUCUUUGGAUGGGAAUGAAACACUACAUGGCAAAAGACAAACCACUGUAGGUGAACUGAGCAGAAAGCAGUUGUCAGCUUUUUUAGUCUUAGGAAGGUAAUGGUCAGCGCCAAAGUACUCAAUUUUUGUCUUUUUCUUUUCUUUUUUUUUUUUGCACAAAAACUAUUCUGUCUGCCUCAGUGCAAGUUUUAUACCCUGUUGACUUGCACCAUCAUAAUUACUUCAAAGAGAACCAGUAUAAGGUGAACACUCCUUUUAAAGUAAUACCCGUUCUUUGCAAUGCCUUAGUUUAACAUUUUGCCAUCUUUGCAGUUUGUUUUUUUUCCCACAUCCCGUUGUACCUGCUGUAAACUUGACCACUUUGGUGCUGUGCUGUCGGUUCACCCUAGUUCUUCUGAGUUGGGGUUCUAGCACUGCCCAGGAAAGCUUCCAUCUAAUUCUGUUUCCUAGUAACUAGAUUUUAUUAGAUACAGUAUCUCACUGUACAUUCUGUAAGUCUUCUAUUUAAAAACAAAAUUUAAACUAAUAUCCUCAUCUGCCUCCAUCCUUCCAAUCCAUCCACCUCAUAAACAUCCUAAUAAGCUCGAAUGAGAAGCUACCUAGCAAGACAAAGGUAUAGUUUUCCUGCUUUCAUUCCCAGGAACACAUCAUCCUUUCCUGCAUCCUACCCUAGCUUUAAACUUCUUUGCUUGCAUACCUCUGCUUCCUUUAUAUUUAGGAAAGCAUGUGAGCACAGAGAUUGGAAUAUGCUGUAAAAAUGUCUGUCUUGGCUUAAAAAAAAAAAACCAGGCCCCACAAUUUGAUUCCAGAUGUGGGUUGGGGAUGGCAAAGCUGCCUUUCCCAUGGGAACCAUUUGGCUUCCUUCUUUUCAUUGGAUUCAAUCUGCCUGUUGCCAGGAGAGGAAUUGAAUCACACUUUUUUGCUUUGGACAGAGGUUUUGGCUGAGCACUAUACCAGAUAGCUUCCCUGAAAAGGGGGAAAAGAAUGGAUUGGACUUUACUGGGAAGCAAUGCCUGUUUAUUUUUAGCUUAAACUUGAAGUUUUCAAAUGAAAGCCCCAAAGCCUGACUGAGUAUUCUGCCAAGCAGAGGAGGGGAGUCUGGGAGGGACAGUGUGGGAGCUGAGGUGUCAGACUACCACUGAGGGAAGAGAUUGGUGGUUAAGCCAGGAAGAAUUUGGUGGCCUUCCAUGCAUUUCUUCAGUUCUUAUCCAAACAGCACCACUAUGGAAUCCUUUGUAGAAUGGUACUCAUAUAUAAUGUGGGACUCAAAACAACAGAUAUGUAAUUGAUGCUGUGCAGGAUAUCAAUCAUUUUUAUUUUGCUUUAUUUUAUAAACAUAUAUAUCCUGUACAUUGCAGUGGGUGUGAAGAUAGUAUUUUAAUAUUUGUACAAAGUUUAAUUUAAUUUUAAUUGUUCUAUGUAUAUAACUGCAUUUCUAAAUAAUAAUAAUAAAAGCAGGUUAUUUUAAAACGAG